GGCAUUGCUGUCUCGGUCGCGAUGAUUCUGGAACUGAGCCAUCAAAUUGCGGCUCGUUUCCUUGACAUCUAUUUGAUUACCAAAGAGGUGCCGGUUAUAUUCAAGGACAUAGCAACGCAUCUACCACUCCUUGUUGAAGUUAUGAGUUGCCUCAAGAACGACUGUAAAGAUGACUCGGUAGCGCCUAGCACGCUUUUGCACGUUGUGGAGAGCAGCCUUCAGCAGAUUUCAGUACUCGACAAGUUAAUUCAACGAACUUUGCCUAGUCAGGGGGACUCUUGGCUACGUCGCAGACAGAAGUCAAUCUCUAGCAGUCGCAAUGCAAAGGAUAUUAUGGUCACCUUCAAGACGCUCGAAUCCUCCAAGGCAACAAUUUCUUUCUAUCUUUAGCAACGGGCAAUGGAUCGAAUGAAUAAUCUAUGUAUAUCCGAGCAACUCCAUCAAGAGAUAUCAUUAGUUCAACGGCAACAAAUGUCGGCCCUAUGUUCAACUUGGCUUAGGCCCACCAACACGGGUUGUAUAUAUGAGGAUAAGUCGCCUGGAACCUGCGAAUGGAUCUGGAACUCACCGGAGUUUGUCCAGUGGGCCUCAUCAUCGCCAGUUCCAACCCGGUUGUUAUGUAUACACGGUGUUAGUGGCUGCGGAAAGUCCAUGCUGACAAGGUCUACAGUCAAAGGAAUGAGAGAAAAGAAAUACCAAGUUCUAUACUUCUCUUUCUCCAGAACAGACGGCGAUCGCAAGACUUUGGAUUCCUUGGCUCGUUCAUUACUUUGUGAUCUUCUGGUGGAAACGUCUGACGAAGGCGUACUUUCUAUUGUGACUGAAUUGAAGAGUCGAAACCUUAUCACAACCGGAGAUGUGCUGGAAGCAUUAUUGAAAUCAGUAAAAAGCGUCACUGGGCCUAUUUACUGCAUGAUAGACGGGGUCGACGAAUGCGAUGACGAGAAGAACGAUCAAGAUCAAGGGUUACUCAAAUGUAUCCUGAACCUGACCAAAUUUCCAAAUGGUCACGUGGCCCUGGUCGGACGACCAUAUGCGCUUCAAACUGCUAUCACCUUGACGCCUCUGGUGAUUGAAAUGAACCCCAGUGUGGUAAAGUCAGACAUUGAGAUGUUUAUUCACGACCAGUUGGAGAAAUCCCCAAUCCCCAGAGCGCAUGGGCUAAAAGAUGAUGCAGUCAGAACUUUGUGCGAAAAGUCAGAUGGAAUGUUUCUUUGGGUAAAGUUCGCCAUGGAAGACCUGCAUGGGGCGAUAACACCUUACCAUGUGAAGGACAGACUGCGCAAUAUUCCCAGAGGUCUGCAAAAUAUGUAUCGGGCUUUUUUUCUAAAGCUUCUGGAAAGGCUUGAUGACAUGCAGUUGAAACUGGCAAAGUCAAUUUUAACAACUGCAAUUGCAUCAUGCCGCCCACUGACAAUUGUUGAAUUGCAAUAUCCCUACGCUUUAGGCGUCGGGCCAAUCGCAAACCUAGAACACCAUCGCUUUCUACAACCCGAGAAAUUGAUAUGUCAAGUCUGCGGCGGUUUGGUCAACAUCACAGAUGGCAUUUUGCGGAUAAGCCAUGUUUCAGUGAAAGAGUUCCUCACUAGGUCAGACGAGCAUUGGCUCUCUGAUGCAGAUCGGGGAUUGAGGUACUUUCAGAUAGAUAUGCGUGCUGCACAUCUAUCGUUAGGCACCGCAUGUCUUGACUAUCUAACUGCCCGCCUAUUCGACCUCAAUCUGGCUGAUUCAGACACCCUGGUUGCAGUUGAAACCCGAUACCCGUUUUUGCAAUACUCAUCUAGACACGCAAUGUCCCAUCUUGUCCAGUCCGGCCCGCCUUCCACCGCGACCUUGGACAAGCUCGACGGGCUGCUCGAGUCAGAAUCUUUUCUUGUGUUGGUGGAAUACUUGACGAUGCUGCAAGUGGACGAUUUGUUCUCUCUAGAUGCCGAUAUGCGCACACUUCUAUUAUGGAAGGACACGAGUGAUUGUGAAGGAGGUCCCUCAUUGAGCAAACUGCUAUCCAUCCUGAAGCAGGAGCUUGAUAGACGAAUGAACCGGUUUGGGAAGGAUGAUAUGCGAACUUUGCGAGUGCAAUAUGCCUGGGAUAGCUUCAAAGAUGAAAUCCCGGACGCACAUAAUCGCGAUUCCAUCGUUACCUUUCGCGAGGGGCCCAAAGACUCAGCCAAAGUAGCCACUCAUAUCCGGAAGCUCAUCAAUGGCCACGACAAACUUUCCCUAGCGGCACAGCUCGAUAUGACCUUUAUCUUAAGAACCCAUUUGCGUCUCAUGAAGGGUCUCAAAGAACCCCUCAAGAUUUUGUUCGAAUUCAUUUUGAGCUCUGCUCGGAAAAUGCCAGUGUCAGCACUCCUAAUCAUUGGUGAUUUCUACAGACGGCUCGACAAACUAGACGACGCAUUAAAGGUUUAUCGAGCCGCACUGGCCAAGGUCAAUGGCAUGGAAGGCCCUGACAAGUUCAUGGUACUCCGCCGGACUGGGUCAAUUCUAAUUGAUCAAGGAGAAUAUACCAGAGCCGAGGAAUCAUGGCGGAUGACUGGGGAGGGACAGCAGAAGGCUGCAGGGAGAGACCACCGAGAAUCUCUGCAAAGUAUGUAUUAAAUUGGUGUCGUUCUGAUUUAUCAAGAGAGGUACAUCGAGGCAGAGAAAAUUCUUCAAGAUACACUAGGAAGGCAGCAAAGAGUCCUUGGAAGA